AUGGUCAAUGUUGCUCGUUCCGCAUCUAAUAGAAUCCUAGUUCGAUUGAACACUUUAGCGGAAAAGUUUAUCAAUGAAGAUAAAUCCUUGAAGAAUUUGGAAGCCAGGUUACAAGAAUGCAUUGACAUUUUGGAGAAUUAUAGAAUGGAAUGUGAAAAAUUGGGUUCCUUGCAUCCUGAAACUCCAUUUAAAGAGGCUUAUUCUAUUUAUGAAUCUGCUUAUAUUUAUUAUAUGAUACUUUUCAAGUUAUUGACGGAAAGAGUUCCGCAAUCACAUGAAUAUGCUGACGCUAAAAUAGAGAGAAGAUGCCAACCAUUAUUAGAGGUAUACUCCACUUUGAAAAAAUCACUACUUCAAGACACAAUGAUAGACAAUGUAGAAACGUUUCUAAUAAAAUAUUCUAAUGAGGACCCAAGCAUGAAAAUCAUCUCUACUCAGAAAGUGGAGGGAGGACAUAAUUUACCUUCUGGACCAUUCCUUACUGUCCCACAAUUGCAAACCAUAUUAAGUGACCAGAAGAUAUCCGUGUUGUUGAUAGAUGUGAGGAAACGAUAUGAGUUUGAAUUCUCACAUAUUAAUUCGGUUGCAGUUUUGCCACUUGACCCUAUAUCGUUUAAACCAACGUAUACCAUUGAUCAAUUAGAAAAGAUAUCAUUUAUCAAUUCACCCAUGCACGAAUUACAACUUUUCCAAAAAAGAAAUGAGUAUGAUGUCAUUGUUCUCUAUACAAAGGAUAAUGAUAUUACAGCUUAUUAUUAUAAACAAAUGAUGUCAUUACUGGCUAUACUUUUAAAUCACCUUCACCAUCACCAUCAUCAUCAUCAUCAUCAUAAUAUUAAAUAUCCAAAAAUACUUUUUUUGAAAGGGGGAUUUUCAGAGUGGGUGUCGCAUGUCAGUAAAUCUGAAAUCGUAUCGAAUUUAAGUGAUGGUUAUAAAAAUAAUAAUAAUAAUAGUAAUAAUAUUCCAUGUAUUAAACGUCCAGUUACCACAUCUCCACAUCAAAUUCCGAUUUCAAUGGUUGGAUCUGCGCCACAACCACCACAAAUUCCUCCACCUCGAAACAUAUAUCCUUCCCCACCUCAAACGAUUCCUAUUAUCAAAAACAAUGCCAAUGUGACCAAUGCAAAAAAUUUAAUUACCCCUCAGGGUAUAAUGACAAAUAGGUCGAUACCAGACGCGAUUGUUACUGCGAUCCCAACUCCAUCACCCCCACCAUUACCAAGAAUUCCCAUGAAAGUAGGAGGCACUAAUGAAUCCAUCUGGAAAUAUAAUCCCACCAUUAUAAUAGGGUUGGAGAAUAUGUCUAAUUCGUGUUACAUGAAUUGUAUCAUUCAAUGUUUAUUGAGUGUUCCUGAAUUGAUUCAAAUAUGCCUUAAUAAUUCCUUCUUGAAGCAUAUUAAUAUGGAAAGUAAAUUAGGGUCCAAGGGUGUCAUAAUGAAGCAUUUUGCCAAGUUGAUACAGGAUAUGCAUUCACAACAAGUGAAGACUGGACGUAGUUUAUUUUCAUACCCUGUCAAGACAAUAGAUUUCAAGAAUGCAUGUGCUUCUGUUAGUUCGAUUUAUAGUGGAUCUCAACAACAGGAUUGUCAAGAAUUUUGUGAAUUUUUACUUGAUGGACUUCAUGAAGAUUUGAACCAAUGUGGGGGGAACCCACCUGCUAGAGAGUUAACUGAUCAGGAGGAAAGGUUAAGGGAAGGGUUGUGCAUGAGAGUGGCGUCAUCAAUGGCAUGGGAAAAUUUUUUGCAUAAUAAUUUCAGUCUCAUCAUUGAUUUAUUUGCUGGUCAAUAUGGAUCACAAUUAAGAUGUUGUGUAUGUCAAUACACCUCGACUACGUAUCAACCUUUUACGUUAUUAUCCGUUCCCGUUCCCCUGUCGUCACGAGUAUCCCGUUGUAGUAUUAUUGAUUGUUUCCAAGAGUUUACUAAAUGUGAACGAUUAGAUAAGGAUGAAGAAUGGUUUUGUCCUCAAUGUAAGAGGAAACAACCUUCGACGAAGCAAUUGAAGAUUACACGAUUACCGAAGAAUUUAAUCAUUCAUUUCAAGAGGUUUGAUAAUAUGAUGAAUAAGAAUAAUAUUUUCAUUCAAUAUCCUUAUGAGUUAGAUUUGACACCAUUUUGGGUUAAUGAUUUCAAUGGUGAAUUGCCUCUGGGGAUGACUAAUUCGUUAUUGACUAAAGGUGGACAAGUGGGGCCGUUCAAGUAUCAAUUGAACGCGGUGGCGUGUCAUAUGGGUACAUUGGGUAGUGGUCAUUAUACUGCGUAUGUGAAUAAAGGGCCUGAUGUUGGAUGGUAUUAUUUUGAUGAUUCUUCUCAUAGGAUAGUGAAGAUUGCUACUGAAUAUAUGAAUCCCGAUGCAUAUUUAUUAUUUUAUCAUAGAGUAUAUAACUAA